AGAGAAUUGAUUUGGUUCAUCCCUCUCAGACUCAAGAGAAACAAUGGAAAUGAACGAGACCAGCAGCUACUACCUUGCUGCCCAGACCUUCAGCAUCUCAGAUGUUAUAGUAAUCGUGGCUUAUUUUAUCCUUAAUGUCUUUGUUGGCAUGUGGUCCUCUUGCAAAGUGAGCAGGAACACUCUCAGUGGAUAUUUCCUGGCUGGCAGAGACAUGUCCUGGUGGCCGAUUGGGGCAUCGCUAUUCGCCAGCAGUGAAGGUUCUGGGCUGUAUAUUGGACUGGCGGGCACUGGGGCAGCUGGAGGGAUCGCGGUUGCCGGAUUUGAAUGGAAUGCUACCUAUGUGCUGCUGCUGCUGGCUUGGGUAUUUGUACCAGUCUACAUAUCCUCAGGGAUCGUCACCAUGCCUGAAUACCUGCAGAAAAGAUUUGGAGGAGAAAGAAUUCGGAUGUAUCUCUCUGCCCUGUCACUGCUGUUGUCCGUAUUUACAAAGAUAUCUACAGACCUGUAUUCCGGCGCUCUCUUUGUUCAAGUGUGCCUUGGAUGGAACCUGUACCUGUCCACCGUCCUGAUGCUUGUAGUCACGGCUCUCUACACCAUAGCAGGUGGCCUGGCUGCUGUUAUUUACACUGAUACUCUUCAGGCACUCGUCAUGAUUAUCGGAACGGUGAUACUGACCAUUACAGCUUUUAACAAGAUCGGAGGGUACCACAACCUGGAAAGUGUAUACCUAAAGGCAGUUCCAAGAAAGAUUAUCGCUAAUACGACAUGCCACCUCCCCAGGGCUGAUGCCAUGCACCUCUUCAGGGAUCCCAUCUCAGGGGACCUUCCAUGGACCGGCAUGACCUUUGGUCUGACCAUCCUAGCAACAUGGUACUGGUGCACAGAUCAGGUGAUUGUUCAACGGUCACUAUCGGCAAAGAACCUGAGCCAUGCAAAGGGCGGCUCCAUCCUGGCAAGUUAUCUCAAGAUGCUGCCGAUGAUAUUCAUAGUCAUGCCCGGGAUGAUCAGCCGUGCCCUAUUCCCAGAUUCAGUCGCGUGCGUUGACCCAGAAGAAUGUUUAAAAGUGUGUGGGACGGAAGUGGGCUGCUCUAACAUUGCUUUCCCGAAGCUCGUGAUUGAACUGAUGCCCGAUGGCUUACGAGGACUGAUGAUUGCAGUUGUAAUGGCCGCUCUCAUGUCAUCCUUGACGUCAAUAUUCAACAGCAGCAGCACACUGUUCACCAUGGACAUCUGGAGAAAGAUCCGGAAGGAUGCCAAUGAACGGGAAUUACUCCUGGUUGGAAGGAUUGUGACUGUGAUAUUGAUUGUGAUCAGCCUGGUCUGGAUCCCCAUACUACAGAGUGCCAAUAGUGGCCAGCUCUUUGUUUACAUUCAAUCAGUCACCAGCUACUUGGCUCCUCCAGUCACUGCUGUCUUUCUGCUUGCCGUAUUUUGGAAAAGAACAAACGAGCCCGGUGCGUUCUGGGGACUGAUGAUUGGAUUGGCAGUCGGACUGGUGAGGAUGAUAAUGGAAUUUGCGUACCCUCCGCCGCGGUGUGGGGUGUACGAUCCAAGACCUUCCAUCCUAAAGAGGGUUCAUUACCUCCACUUUGCCAUCAUACUGUGUGUCCUGACCACUCUCAUUGUCAUGGCCACCAGCCUGCUGACAGAGCCUCCCAACGAAGCCCAGAAGACAAGCAUUACUUGGUGGGCAAUUUCACGAGAGAGAAGGCAGCACGACAUCUCCCUGGCAAAGACAUCUCCUGAGAGACGGGCAUGGGAAAGCAGAACAGAGGGUACAGAAGAGACAAUAGCGCAGACAUGGUCAUGGACUAAGCUCUUCUGCAAUACUAAGGCAAGCAGAGAUGGUGCGCCCAUAGAGUACAACCUCACGGAUACCCAUGAGAACCCAUUUUGGUCAAGAGUCUGUUGUGUAAAUGCAGUCAUUCUGGUUUCUGUGAACAUUUUUUUGUAUGCAUACUUCGCUUGAGCAAGCAAUGUCACAUCUAAAAGAAGUCUGAAUGUGUUUCCUACAUAGUCAGUGAAAACUGUAGAUCAAAUUGGUUUCUACAGGGUUCUCCAUUCUGAGAUAGUUGUGUGAGAAAUGUAUUAGUUUCGGUUAGGCUCUGAUUGCUGUCAUUUUCUCCAGCCCUACAAUAUCCCCAAAAUCUGUGUCCUCCUCUAAUUCCAUCUUCUCCCACUCCUCUGCUCGAUGGGGAGAGAGGAACUUGAUCGGGUUGUGGGAGGAAGAGAAACGAAACAUGGUCCCAGAGAGCUGACAGGACAUCAGACUCCUUCCUAAACUUCUCUAUCUUUACCCCUGGUGUAACAUGGUCCAUUAAACCUGUCUCUUUAAUCUGUUA